ACAGAUACUUAUAUUGUGGUUUUUGCAAAGGACCCAAUUCAGGUUUUCCUGUCUGGAGCAGCGGAGUACUCAUUACGCAAGAACGAUUUACAGAAUGUACUUGUAGUAAUGCUAUCAUGGCUGCAGCAAAAUACCGCACACAACGUAUGCAUCAGCUGGGUUUAUGGUCUGUGGCCGGAUACUUUGUUUUCCUUGCCACUACCGUCAAUGCAAAUGCGAUAGACAGCCAAAAUUUAACUUCCGUUUGCACAUCUCAUUUAUGCCAACGCGUCGCUCGUGCUAUCAUUUCAAACAUGGAUAGCAGUGCAGAUCCAUGCACUGAUUUCUUCGAUUACGCAUGCCGUAGCUGGAACGUUAGCCAUCCGUUGCUACCUGGCGAAAACACAAACAGUCAAUAUGGCAUUUAUAAGAAAAAGAUCGCCAAUCAAACGAAAGCGCUGUUUGAAAGUGGCAAAUAUGCAAAUCCUACCGAAAAAAAGGCAUUGGAUCUGUACAAUCAGUGUAAUAAAGAGAAGCCAGAUAAGCGUCCGGGAGGCCAAGUGGUAUUGGCUAUUGUCGAUGAGCUAAUGGGCGGGUGGUCGCUCUUGGACAGUAAAGCGGACACAUCCCGUUUGCGAUUGGAUGAGAUCUUGGGGCGACUGCAAAAGAAUGACAUACAGACGUUCAGCAGUCUGCACGUGGACGAGAACAUUUUGUCCUCGGACCAGAACAUCCUGUACAUUAUGCCGGCGAAUAAACAUUUGGAAAGGUCAAGGAUGUUCAGCCGACAUGAAGAGAUGGAUGACGAGCUGCCUGAAAAACGUAACAACACCAUACAUACGGCCGAAACCGCAUUGUUUAAACCGUGGAACGACACUAUUGCACUACUAAUACGCGAUUCCGGUAAGAAAGAUGUGCAAAUGGCGGAUGUGCAGAGUAGAUUGGAGAAUAUCCUCUUACUCGAGGUUGUUCUUUCCUUGGGCGUCAAGGGCGCUACAAACACUUCUUAUCGUGCUGCCUUUGGAGAUUUUUCCAAACUGCCAUAUCGCUCAAAAUUUUUGGCUAACUGCGUACAAAUUUUUAAUGCUAUGCUUCGGGCGUCGUCAGUAAAUUAUGUGGCCACCGCGAACACAACCGUGGGCAUAACAAUGCUGGCGUAUGUGCAAAAUCUCGACAAGCAGAUGGAAGCACUGGAGGCGGACGGCGACAAAGGAAGGCGCAUCGUAGCGGAUUGGCUCUGGUGGAAAGCGAUUGAUCACUACCUGGACCGCAUGUCAGCAGAAUAUUCCGGAAACAGCGAUCCUACUGAUUGUCUAACGCUGGUUAAAGAGGCAAUGCCGCUGACCUUAUCGGAAAUGUUUUUCAAGGCAUACAUUACUAAAGAAACUAUGCAAAAGGCAAAAGCUUUGGUAUCGGAUAUAUCGCAAGGAAUGCGCGACGCGGUACUCUUGCAAGCAGCUUGGAUGGAUAGACCGACGCAACUGGCCGCAGUGGAAAAACUCAAUAACGUUCUGCAGAUGGUUGGCUUUCCCCAUGAGUUCCUAGAGAAUUCGACCAUUUUGGAUCAACUUUACAAAAAUAUUCAAGUGAAACCUACGUUCUUCGAAACCUUACAAACCAUCGAUCAAAGUACGAGUUAUGUGAAUCUGAACAAACUUACACUGACCGAUGGAAGAGCUAAUCCGUAUGACCCCGAAGAUUUAACUAUGGUGAAUGCCCAAAUGCAACCUGACAGGAAUCGAAUGGUAAUACCUGCAUCCAUGCUACAACCACCAGUAUUUUAUGACCGCGAUAUGGAUAUCGUCAACUAUGCCCGAUUAGGUUUCAUGAUUGGCCACGAGUUCACGCACGGUUUCGAUGACGGAGGGAGGGUUUUUGGCAAGGAUGGCAAACCGACCGACUGGUGGACCAGUGCAACACAUAGCAAUUAUGUCCAGAAGAAGAACAACUUUAUCCAGUUCUACAACAACAUCAGUACACCCGGCGGAAAUAUUAAUGGGAAACUCACGCUAAACGAAAACAUCGCAGAUAAUGGAGGAUACAGAGCGGCUUAUCAGGCAUUCCACACUUUUAUGGAUCGCACUGGAUACCGUAUUAAAUUACCAGGACUAGAAGCCUUAAGCAUUGACCAGUUGUUUUGGCUUAUUGCUGCACAGACUACCUGUUCGACCAGUACUACAAGCUAUUUGAAACUGUUGGUGACCCAGAGCGUCCAUGCACCUCUAAAAGUGCGCGUGCUAGGGCCGUACAUGAACAAUCAGGAUUUCAGCAGAGCCUACAAUUGUUCAAUUGGAUCUCCUAUGAAUCCCCAAGUUAAGGGAUGGUAAAGAAUAACUAUGUAUGUGUAUAAUUGCGCAAUGCAGUCUUUCGCGUGCAAUCGCAUUACGUUACACUGACUACU